AUGGGUAUGGCAUUUGACCAAGGCACACGCCGAAACGCACCACUCUCCGCUAAAACGGAAAUCUCCGGGUGAUCGACAGCACUGUAGCGACAGUAGGAGAAGGACAGUUGUCCUAGACUUGGAUGAAACUUUGCUAGAAGCUCUGGUUUUCCACUGCCCCCAGAUAAGUAUUUUCACCGGCGACUAGAAGUAUUCUGUAGCAUGCCUGACUUUAAGUCAGUUCAACCGCUUCCGUCGUCACCUCCGACACCUCGCAAAAGCAACACCCAAAGCUCUGCAACCUCCAGUGUCAGCAAGGUGGCGCCAUCGUCCCCCUAUGGGAUCACACUGGAAGAGGUCCGGAAGCUCAAUCAAGACCAAAUGACGGAGGCAAACCUAGAGGAGCUAGCACGGAUAGGAGGCGUGACUGCGUUAGCUAAUCUGUUAUGUGUGAACUUAGAGCACGGUUUGCCUCGGAGCGAAAUCGACACGAACUUCACAGUGCGUCGGGAUUUGUUUGGUCGGAAUAUCUUCCCAGAGUCUCCGAUGAAAGGCUUGUUUCGGCUUUUUGUCGAGAGCUUACAAGACACGACGCUGAUCAUCUUGAUCAUCGCUGCAAUUGCUUCAAUGGUUACUGGCUACAUGGAGCAUCCGGAAACAGGUUGGAGUGAAGGAGUUGCGAUUUUAUUCGGAGUAAUCCUGGUAGCUGGCGUGACCUCAGUCAACAACUACACGAAGGAAAAGCAAUUCCGUGCACUUAGUGCAAAAAACGAUGACGUGUUGGUGAAGGUACUUCGAGAUGGCAAACCUGAUCAGGUCCCCGUGGGAGAAAUAUCGGUGGGCGAGGUGAUCAUCCUUGAAACAGGCGACAGAGUGCCUGCGGAUGCUGUACUGAUUAAUGGGAGUGAUCUCAAAUGCAACGAGUCCAGCCUUACUGGUGAGCCAGAUGAUGUGAGUAAAGUUCACAAGAAAGACCCGUUUCUGCUUUCGAGUUGUCUUGUAGCUAGCGGCCGAGGAGAGUGUCUAGUGAUCGCUGUCGGGGCUGAGAGUCGCUGGGGGAAAAUCAAGUCCAAACUUGUCUGCGAGCAGAAAGCUACGCCUCUUAUGGAGAAGCUGGAAGAAAUGGCAAAACACAUCGGGUAUGUGGGCAUGGCCUUUUCCAUCGCUACAAUGGUGGCCAUGAUCAUUAUCUAUGCCACGUCAGACGACAAGAAGCUGGAAUAUUCGUGGCCGUCGUACAUUUUACACACCUUCCUCAUUGGUGUCACGAUCAUUGUUGUCGCGAUUCCAGAAGGACUGCCGCUAGCCGUGACAAUUUCGCUGUCUUAUUCUACCAAGAAGAUGCUCCGGGAUAACAACCUCAUUCGUGUGCUUGCAGCUUGUGAAACGAUGGGCAACGUCACCAGUAUCUGCUCCGACAAGACAGGCACUCUUACUGAAAACAAAAUGACCGUUGUGCAAGGCUGGGUUCUAGGCAAGUUUUUCAAGGACGAGUUUACAAACGCCAGUCGAACGCAAUUUCAAGUAAAUGCGAAAGCUCUCGACGAACUUGCCGUCAACAUUGCUGUCAAUACAAGCGCUUACCUUAAGGAUGCCAAUGGUACUCCCCAGGUUCAAGGCAACAAAACCGAAGGCGCAGUGCUGUUGUGGAUGAACAAGCUCAAGUUCCCCAUAACUGACAUUCGCCGAGAAAACUUCCAAAUUAUACGGGGUGAUAGACUGUUCCCUUUUUCAUCGGAAAAGAAAUCUAUGGCUGCAAUUGUCAAGUGUAGCAACGGAACUUGCCGUCUUUACUCAAAGGGAGCUGCUGAGGUGAUUUUAACGCGAGCAAACAAAUACAUUGACAUCGAUGGCAACAUCCAAGAGCUAACCUCAACAAAGCGAGACGAGUUGAAUCGUAUCAUCAGGCAAAUGGCGGAGUCUGCAUUACGCACAAUUUGUAUCGGUCACCGAGAUUUUGCCGGUGGAGAGCUACCAAGUGACUUGCAUUCGCUUCCUGAUGCACCAGACCAGGAACUGAUUGUGAAUGCCAUAUUUGGUAUUCAGGAUCCGCUUCGACCAGACGUCACUGAUGCCAUUAAAGAUUGUAAACGUGCUGGUAUAAUGGUGCGCAUGGUCACGGGUGACAACAUCCACACUGCAUCAGCCAUUGCGAAACAGUGCGGCAUUAUGACUGAGGAUGGCGUCGCGCUUGAAGGUCCUGUAUUUCGAGGCAUGAGUGUAGAAGAGGUUAGUAAACUCAUUCCCCGUCUGCAAGUCCUGGCACGGUCUUCUCCCGACGACAAAUUUCGUCUCGUGAAUUUGCUGAAAGACCGAUCGGAGGUUGUGGGCGUGACAGGUGAUGGCACAAAUGACGCACCAGCGCUACGAACAGCAGAUGUUGGUAUGGCGAUGGGAAUUACGGGCACCGAUCUUGCCAAGGAAGCAUCAGACAUUAUUAUUAUGGACGAUAAGUUUUCCUCUAUCCGAAAGGCUGUGCUGUGGGGACGUUGUGUUUACGAUAAUAUCCGCAAGUUCCUUCAGUUCCAGCUAACAGUCAACAUUGUGGCUCUCGUGGUUACUUUCGUGAGUGCUGUAACAGGAAAAGAACCUCCACUAAAUUCAGUCAUGAUGCUUUGGAUCAACCUUAUCAUGGACACUAUGGGUGCUUUGGCACUCGGAACGGAAGCCCCCACAGAGGCACUGCUGGAUCGACGUCCUUACAGGAAGAGUGCAAUGCUGUUAGGGAGAUGCAUGGUUAAGAACAUCAUCGUGCAGUCAAUUUUUCAGCUUCUACUUGUAUUUCUAUUGCUCAUUUAUGGGGCGGAACAAUUUGGCUACCACGACGGUAACAAAUGCGUGGCUUGGAAAUACAGCGUGAAGUCCAGCUUUCCCACCCUCAGCAACGGUACAUGUGUUACGGUAAACGGGGAUGCUUGUUGGAGUUUAGCAUGCGAGGACUACGCGAAGAACUCAACUGUGCUUGAUUAUCCGGUUGAUUGCUUGAAGGAUACGUGUACGGCUUACGACUAUCGACAUUACACAAUUAUCUUCAACACUUUCGUGUUCAGUCAACUAUUUAACGAGUUCAACGCACGGAAAACAAACAACGAGUGGAGAGUUUUCAACGGACUGGUUGCAAACCCGCUCUUCAUCAUGAUAGUUUUGAUCACAGUUUUCGUCCAGAUACUUCUUGCUGAGUUCGGUGGGGAUUUCAUCAAAACGAGUGGCAUUUCAUUUACACAUUGGCUAGUCUGUUUUGGCUUAGGUGCCCUAUCGCUUCCUGUCGGUACGAUAAUGCGAUUGAUUCCAGUGACUGAGUCUCCUGAUGCUUUUGCAAACCCGAACGGCAUUUCACAAGGAUGAGUUGCUGGAUAACUUUGCCGGUUAAAUACUUCUACUAUCGGUACACGCUAUCAAACCUGCGUCCAAGUAGUCUGCCAACCACUUUUAGCAAAGCCUUCGUUCCAAGAAUGAAGUAGAAAAGCUAGUGUCCCUAAAGAGCAUAAUGGCGUGGACUAAGCAGUGUAGUUUAUUUCAAAAAUACUAGUAUACCCGAUCAACACGU